AUGUGCGGUAUCUUUGGAGUCUACAACUUGCCCGGCGAUGCCAACGCCUUCCGUCAGCGCGCCCUCUUUCUUUCCAAGAAGCUCCGUCACCGUGGUCCCGAUUGGAGCGGAUGCACUGUUGCUGGCAACCACAUUCUCUGCCACGAGCGUCUUGCCAUUGUCGGUGUUGAGUCGGGAGCUCAGCCCUUGACCAACGACGACGAGACCUUGAUCCUGUCCGUCAACGGCGAGAUCUACAACCACAACGCUCUCCGCAAGAUGUGCGCCGAGGGAACCCAUUUCAAGACCCAGUCCGACUGUGAGGUCAUCCUUCACCUCUACAAGACCAUGGGUGCUGAUGUUGUGAAGCACCUCGACGGAAUGUUCUCCUGGAUCCUCCUCGACACCAAGAAGAACCGCAUUGUUGCUGCCCGCGACCCCAUCGGUAUCACCACUCUUUACCAGGGUUGGAACAGCAAACAGCCCGGUACUAUCUACUUCUCCUCGGAACUCAAGGCCCUCAACGAGGAGUGCGAUCGCAUCAUUGCCUUCCCCCCCGGUCACGUCUUUGAUUCCGAGACUGGCUUGACCACCCGGUACUUUGAGCCCACCUGGUGGGACGGCGAGAAGAUCCCCUCCAACCCUGUCGACUACAAGCUCAUCCGCGAGUCGCUCGAGAAGGCUGUCCGCAAGAGAUUGAUGUCUGAGGUCCCCUACGGUGUCCUCCUCUCUGGUGGUUUGGAUUCUUCCUUGAUCGCUUCCAUUGCUGCCCGUGAGACUCAGAAGAUUAUCAGCGGUACCGGUCCCCUCAACAAGGAUGGCGAUGAUGUUGACUCGUCUGCUGUUGCCUCCUGGCCUCGUCUCCACUCCUUCUCGAUCGGUCUUGAGGGAUCCCCCGAUUUGGCUGCUGCCCGCGUCGCUGCUGACUUCUUGAAGACCGUCCACCACGAGUACACCUUCACUGUCCAGGACGGUCUUGACGCCAUUGCCGAUGUUGUCUACCACCUCGAGACCUACGACGUCACUACUAUCCGUGCUUCUACCCCCAUGUACUUGCUCAGCAGAAAGAUCAAGGCCAUGGGCGUCAAGAUGGUCCUCUCCGGCGAGGGCGCCGACGAGAUCUUUGGAGGAUACCUCUACUUCCACGCCGCCCCCUCCGCCGACGACCUCCACACCGAGACCGUCUCCCGCGUCAAGAACCUCCACUACGCCGACUGCCUCCGUGCCAACAAGUCGACCAUGGCCUGGGGAGUCGAGGCCCGUGUCCCCUUCUUGGACAAGGCCUUCCUCGAGGUCGCCAUGAACGUCGACCCCAAGGAGAAGAUGUCCUUCAAGGGCAAGAUGGAGAAGCAUAUCCUCCGCAAGGCCUUCGACACCUCCGCCGACCCUACCGCUCAGCCCUACUUGCCCGACUCGAUCCUCUGGCGCCAAAAGGAGCAGUUCUCGGACGGUGUUGGAUACGGCUGGAUCGAUUCUUUGAAGGAUACGGCUUUGGUCAAGGUCUCGGACGAAGAGUUUGCCAAGGCUGCCGAGCGCUGGCCCCAGGAUACCCCUCAGACCAAGGAGGCUUACUGGUACCGUGAGGUCUUUGAGCAGUGGUACCCCCAGGCUGCUUGCACAGAGUCGGUUGUCCGUUGGAUCCCUCGUGGCGAUUGGGGUUGCCCUGCUGAUCCUUCAGGUCGUGCCCAGAAGGUCCACGAUUCUGCCUACGAUAAGAACGCUCCUCAGGCUUAA